AAAGCGCCUGUCAUUUUAAUAACGAAAUUUUCAUCGACGCAAACAACUCGUAAAACAGCUGCUAACGCGAAAAAAUAAUAAUUAAAUACAUAUUAUUCUUUAAAAUUUUAACAAGAAAACCAUAAGAAGUAUUUUAUUAAUAUCACACAAUAAAACAUAUUCAAAAUACGAGUGUUUCAAUCAAACGAAAACAAGAAGAACGCCCCUCCUAUAAAUGGUUUAAUGGAAAUUAAAAAAGACAAAUAUCUAAUUCGUAAAUACAUAUAUAUGUAUGUAUAAGUCAUCAUUAGCAAAAACAUACUUUGGAUAUUGUAUUAUGGAUAAUAAAUGAAUAGUGGAAAAGAAAUGUGAUUAAAAAAAGAUAUACACUCUAGUCAGCUUUAUUUGUUCGUCAUUGCUCUUGCCAGUUUUUGUAUUGGUGCUGUGUGUACGUGUGUUGGAGCCGUCUGCUCUUUUGUAAAAAAAGCAAAACAGAAAGACGAACUUGUUGCUUCAUUCAUUAUUUUUACGUGAGACAUCAAAGAAACGUUUUUACAAAAUACUUAUGAUAUUUACGAUCGACCUAAAUUUAUUUGGUGGUCAAAAUUUAAUUUGUGAAAAUUUUUGCAAUUUCAAAUAAAACAUUUUGAGCAGAGAAAUGGCCAGCGAAAUUGGUGUUAUUGAUUCUGUAGAAUUAGAACCAUUUAGACAACCAAACAAUACCAAAAUAAAAAAUGAUAAUGAUGAUGAUGAUAAUCUGGCCAGCACUUCGAACGCAACGAAUGCAAUGACCACUGCCACCUUAACUAUAUUAAAACCUAACUCAAUGUCAGCAAUAUCUGCAGUUUCAGAUAAUGAAGAAACACAUUUGAAUCCCUACCCCUUGAGCACCCUGGCAGUUAUGCCAUCUACGUCGCGUCAACUUUUCAGUGAGGCAGCAAGUGCUCAUGGCGGACAUGAGACGACAUCGUUUCUGCAGCAAGAGAUAAGUCAACAGCAGAGACUCAAAAGUGCAUCGUCGACAUUGGACAAAAGUGUAUCGCGAAAUCCGUCUUCAGCGGGGAAGCAUGAGAAGAAAAUCGGCCAUCGUCGUGUGGACGACGAGGGCGAAGUGACUUAUAAGAAAAUCCAAAGUAAACAGAUAAUGGGUUCCAUACAGCUGGGUAUUCAACACACGGUGGGAAGUUUGGCUUCAAAACCAAAGAGGGAUUUACUAAUGAAUGAUUUCUUUGAAAUGGAAACGAUUUCAUUUCCGCCCGACGGCUCUUCUAUUACUCCUGCCCAUCAUUAUAGUGAAUUUCGUUUCAAGGUUUACGCUCCAAUAGCUUUUCGUUAUUUUCGAGAUCUAUUUGGCAUAGCGCCAGAUGAUUUUCUAAUGUCCAUGUGUGCUGCUCCUCUGCGACAGCUAUCGAAUCCUGGAGCUUCCGGCUCAAUCUUCUAUUUAACCGAUGAUGACGAGUUCAUAAUCAAGACUGUUCAAAAGAAGGAAUGUGAAUUUCUCCAGAAACUAUUACCAGGUUAUUAUAUGAAUCUUUCCCAAAACCCACGCACCUUGCUGCCAAAAUUCUUUGGGCUCUAUUGCUUUCACUAUAAUGCUAAAAAUGUCCGACUGGUGGCCAUGAACAAUUUGCUGCCAUCAGACAUUAAAAUGCAUGCGAAAUACGACUUAAAAGGAUCAACAUUCCGGCGAAAAGCCUCAAAGGCAGAACGACAAAAAGCCAGUCCCACCUACAAGGAUUUAGAUUUUAUGGAACAUCAUCCGAACGGUAUCUUCUUGGAGACAGAUAAAUACAAUGCACUUAUUAAGACCAUACAGAGGGACUGUAUGGUUUUGGAAAGUUUUCAAAUAAUGGAUUAUUCUCUGCUAGUGGGUAUACACAAUCUCGAUUUGGCAGCCAAAGAGAAGAGAGAAGAGCGCAUUCGUAAUGCCAGAGCCAAAUUGCAAAGGGCUGAUGAGAUUCGAGAAGCAGACGAAGCCCCUGAAGCAGAUCAAGUGUACAAUGCUGCUGCUUCGAGUUCUGCAGCGGCAGGCUCCGCUUUGAAUCGUUCGCGCAGCAUGAAUCGCCAUCGAUUAGUGGCUCAUUCAACGGCGAUGGAAUCCAUUACCGCAGACAUAGACACGCCCUUUGAAGAGGACGAGGACAUACCCGCAGGUGGCAUCCCCGCCAGAUCAGAAAAUGAUGAGCGUUUGAUAUUAUACAUCGGUAUCAUUGAUAUUUUGCAAUCUUAUCGCUUGGAAAAGAAACUGGAGCACACUUUUAAAGCCAUUAUAUACAAUGGAGACACCGUUUCGGUAUGCCGUCCAUCAUUCUAUGCCCAACGUUUCCAGAAUUUCAUGGGUAAAACAGUGUUUAAGAAAACACCAACAUUUCCACUGAAGCAUUCCCCUUCAAAACGAAAGACAUCGAAUGCCACUGCGCGCACGCCUCAGAGAACGCCAUCGCAAAGUGUUAGUUCAAACAGACCGCCUUUCAUGUCUGGAUCAUCAACGCCUCCACCGGCAUUCGAUGAUAUAUCUGAAGAAGAUAUAACAGCUAAUUCAUCAACGGCUGUCCGAGUUUCAUCGCAUUCGCGAAAUUUAAUGCCACAGAAAUCAUACAUGUCCUCUCAUCGCAGUACCCUGGGCAGCACCACUGACGACUACAGCGAUGACGAUUUAGCGUCGACUACUGGCAGUACUCGCUCUCCCAUGCAAAGAAAAAGGGCCCAAUUACAUUUAUCGAAAACUAAUGUCCAUGUAACCACUGUGGGUUGCAUUGAAGACCAACCAUCUCCCAAUCAGCCUCAUCAACAGCCCGAUCAUAAACAAUCGGAUGAGGGCAUAGAACAAGACGUUGAUGGUAAAAAAGUAAUCACCACAAAAUCAACCUUCAUACAGGCCAAACAAGAACAAAUCUACACAUCCACUUUAGUUGUUAACGAUGUGGUGAGAUGAUGGCCUCAGUCUUCCUAAAGCUCCUCUCUGGAGAGACGAAAGUCUAAUCCCUUUGGUGAUUUCAAAAAUUACUUUUUGUUUUUAACUUGCUGUUCGUUCUUCCACUUCUAUGAAAUGAACUAAACAGUUAUCGCUUCGUUUUCUCCAUGAAAAUGUUCAUAUCAUAAAUCAAGAAAAUCUUUACUUACUUACAUACAAACUUAUUAUUAGCAAGAAUUAUUAUUUGUUUUUCUUAAAGCUUUUCAUCAUUACCUUCUGCUUCUUAUAACAUUUAUUUGCGUUCAGCAGAAUGAAAACCAAAACAAAAAUUCAACUCUAAAAGAAGUGCUCUUAAUAAACGCGAAAACAAAAGCAAAACAUUGUUAACAAUUUAUAGUUUUAGUCGAAAUCAUAUCUACUUCUACAACUAUUUCUAAUAAUUCUACUAACAACUAACGCCCGCACAUAUACAGACAUACAUACAUAUAUAAAUUAAAACAAACAAACAAACUUUACAACAAGGACUUUCAUUUUUAAUGUUCAUUUAUCCUUUUAUUCAUGCUUUACAAAUUGUUUUCCUCUUUUGUUUUAGUCCUUUUUCAUUAUUUAUUCUAGUUGCUUUUUUAUUAUUGUCUUUUGUUUGUUUUUCGUAUUAUUACUUGUAUUAUUUAAGUUCAGUUUCAAUUUACAAAAUGUGAUGAUUUGUUAGAAAUGAAUUUUCCUUCUACUUUAUGUUUGUGUUUCAAUAAACCAAAAAAAAAAAAAAAAACAGUAUUUCUUCAUGUUUUAAUUUAAAAGUUAUUAAAAAGCAAAUUAAAUAUCAUACAUACAAACAUCUUUUAAAUAAUAUAUUUAAUCAGAAAAUCUUUGAGGUUUGAGAAUGAAAUGUUUAAUUUCUAACGUAAAUUUACCACACACAUGUAUAUUCUAGUUAUUUUAAAACUAAUAGAAAAUUUAUUAUUACUCACCAUUUAAUUAAAUUUAAAUCAGGGGUGAUUUGUGAAAGUUAUAUUAUUAUUAUUAUAUUAUUAAAAAAAAUCUUUGGAAAACAUUAUUUUAUGCUUUAAUGUAUAGAACAAAUAAAUAUCGACAUCAAACAUAUAUAAUUGUAUAAAAUACUAAUAACAAUAACUACAAUAGUAAUGUAGUUUAUACAUACUAUUAAUUUAGUAUCUGUAUUUAAUAAAAAACAAAUACAUAUAACGAAAA